ACCCACUCUAAAUUUGUGGGGUUUUCUCAAUUCGUUUGCUUUAUUAGUCUUGUAAAACUCCCGUGUGUGACUCUUUGUUUUUAGUCCAAAAGCUGUCCAGUCUAGCUGUUGGAGAUUGGAAUUUGUGCGUCAUCUGACGGAGAUUUUUAGAUGAUAGACGUGGGAGGAAAGUCUUAAAUUUGCACUCUUUCCUUGAAUCUGAAGAAUACCAGCAGGUAGGCCGAGCAGGGGUCUGUGCAGGUAGUCAGGUUUGCAGGAAGAUUUGUACAAGAUGUCUACUACCACUGUUAUGAGGGUGGACAUGGACUGCUACAAAUGCAAGAGAGUUGCCUUGCAAUCUGUCACAAGAAUAGAUGGAAUUGAUACAAUUUCUGUCAGUAUGAAGGACAAGACCUUAACUGUGGUUGGAGAUGUAGAUGCAGUGAGCGUUGUUAAUGAGAUAAGGAGGAAAUUCAAGUGUGCUCACUUACUUAGCACUGGUCCUACACCACCACCACCAGCCCCAAAACCAAAGGAGGAGAAGAAAGAAGAGAAAAAAGAGGAGAAGAAGGAGGAGAAAAAGGAAGAGAAGAAGGAAGAAAAGAAAGAGGAGAAGAAAGAAGAGAAGAAGGAAGAGAAAAAGGAGGAAAAGAAAGAGGAGAAGAAAGAGGAGAAGAAGGACAAAGCAGCAGAUCCUCCUCCCAAAGCAGCAGAUCCUCCUCCCAAAGCAGCAGAUCCUCCUCCCCCUAACCAGAUUAUAUACUAUCCUAAGUAUCCUCCAUGCAUGGUACAUGACCCAGCAUUUGCACCUCCUCAACACUGUGGAUGUGGUGCAUGUUCAAGCAGAUCAGAUAUACUGUGGCCUAGGUACCAUCCUCCUAGGGCUUCAAAUCCUGAUGAAGUCUGGUAUGUAUGGAAUGAGGAGCAACAAAAUGCCUGCACCAUUUGUUAGAUCAAGGAUCUUCAUUCUGCCAUUUCUGCUACAGAUGAAAUUAAUUUCUUCUUCUAUGAAUAACUGUUCUAUGUUAAUAUUUGGUAGGAUUUAAGUCUGUGGGUGGGUGUACCCCCUAGAGUAUUUUGUGUUCCAUAAACCCAACUGCUAACUGUAAGAAUGGAAGCAUAUUCUAUUCUCUGGCAGAGACAAAUGUCUACCAUACAUUUGUGGGUUAAUAGAUUAGUGGUAUGUCGUUGUAUAAAGGCUUCUGAGAAAAGUUAAAAUACUUUUUGAUAAGAGUCCAGUGUUGCUCAAUGUGACUACCAAAUGUUACUGGGUAACGAGCACACAGAAUGGUGAUAGUGGAGAAAGAUAAGACAUCUUUUUCAUGUCAUUUUAUUUUUUGCUAUUCAUAAAUGCAGUGGUAUGCACAAUUCAAACUGA